AUGAUGGCUGCUGCUGCUUUCGUGUUCAUCUACUACACCACCUGGGCCCUCCUUCUGCCAUUCUUCGACGCGUCAAGUCCCAUUCAUGACCUGUUUCCUCCACGGGAAUGGGCCAUUCGUCUACCCGCCUUCCUUCUCGUCGUCGGUCUCACCGGCAUUGGCCUCUUCAUUGGAUCGACUGUAGUGAAGGAGAACAGGAAAAAAGCUCAAAAGGCCAGACUUCGGACUGCUUAA